AAAUCUUUUGCGCCUUUUGCGAGAUUUCAGUGAGUUAGUCAGUACUUAGUUAUGUCUUUUACGGGUUAUUUUCUACAGUUUUCUAACAGAGGAAUGUGCUUUUAUUAAACUUUCUAUUAUUUUAAUAAGUUUUCUUUAAGAUUUGCUCGAUUGGAAGCCGCAUAAAAGUUUCUACGUGCGGUUUUAUUCUACCGACGACGUCAGCAAGAGAUUGAUGAAAAUAGAAAGUUUUAUUACUUUCGUGAUUAGGCGAUGUGUACAGCGAAGUUAAAGAAAAAAGAAAAUAGUCUCCAGUUUAAUAUCAUAAUAACUACCGAGUCAACUGCGUAGGAAAAGCAAAUCAAGCAGAAUAUUAAGAGGAAUAGCUCUCAACAUGUUCAGACAAGCGUUCCUUAUCUUCCGGUACUACUUGGACCUGGUCAUUGACUGCAUCUUCGCGUUCUUCUGGGAGGGGACGAAGCAGAAGAUCCCGGAUCUUGAUCCUCGCCACAAGAUACUGACCGAGAGUGCUGUCUCUCUCGCCGCUAAGAUACGUAACAAACAGCUGAAGUCAGAGGACUUGGUUCGAACAUGCAUUGAAAGGAUUAAAACCGUGAAUCCCAUGCUAAACGCGGUGGUGGACGAGCGAUAUGAGAAUGCAUUGAACGAUGCGCGCGCAGUGGACGAGAUCAUAGCUAGGGGUGUCUCUGAAGAUUACUUCAAGGACAAACCAUUCCUGGGCGUACCUUUCACGUCGAAGGAGAGCCACGGCGUGGCGGGCCUGCUCAACACCCUGGGGCUGCGAGCGCGGCAGCACACGAAGGCGCCCGAGGACGCCGAGUGUGUCCGCCUGCUGCGGGCCGCCGGGGCCAUACCAGUCGCUGUCACCAACGUGCCUGAGGUGAACAAGUGGCAGGAGUCCCGUAAUAUGGUGUUUGGUCAGACCAACAACCCGCACCACACGGGUCGUACUCCCGGGGGCUCCAGCGGCGGCGAGGCAGCCCUAAUGGCCGCUGUAGCCACGCCAAUUGCGCUCUGUUCGGAUAUCGGCGGGUCUACUCGCAUGCCCGCGUUCUUCUGCGGUCUAUACGGCCUCAUACCCACUGCUGGACACACCAGCUUUAAAGGUUCGACCCUCCGCGACGGCAAGGCUCCCACCAUGGCGUCCAUCAGCUUCGUCAGCCGACACCUGGAAGACCUGGCGCCGCUCACAGCCGUCGUCGCCGCUGACAAGGCCAAACAACUCACGCUUGACAAGAAAGUUAACAUCCAAGACAUAAAGUUUUUCUACACAGAGCAGUCCCAAGACAUCCGUCUGAGCCCCAUCUGUGGUGAACUGAGGGAAGCUAUGUCCAAGGUAGUAAAGAAGCUAUCAUCAGCGGCGUCCAGCACGGACCGCGCCCCGAAGCCCUAUUACCACUCAGGGCUUGACUACAUGUUCUCGCUGUGGAGACACGGGAUGACCAAGGAGGCCGAGGUGUUCUCCAGGGUUCUCACUAACAACACUGGCACCGCUAAAGCGUGGGUUGAGAUUCCUAAGAAGUUGCUAGGGCUGUCCGAGUACACUCUGGCAGCCAUCCUCAAGCUGGUGGACGACCAAUGGAUGCCGCGGACCAACCCUAAAUGGGCAGAGAAGCUUACAGACGAUCUGAAACAAGACCUUAUCAACACGCUGGGCGACUCAGGCGUGUUGUUGUUCCCGAGUGCGCCUGCGCCGGCGCCGUACCACUACUCGCUGCUGCUGCGGCCGUACAACUUCGCGUACUGGGGCAUCUGUAACGCGUUACAUCUACCCGUCGCUCAGGUGCCGCUGGGGCUGAGCAGCGCGGGGCUGCCGCUGGGCAUCCAGGUGGUGGCGGCGCCGCGCCAGGAGGGGCUCUGCCUCGCCGCCGCCGCCUGGCUGCGGCAGCUGGGGGGCUGCGUGCCGCCCUGCCGGCUCGAGUAACUAUGCUACAGGCGUUGGCCACCGACCUUAACACCCGCAUUCUAACAUGUUACCUCAAACCUUCCUCAAAUUCAAAUUCCAUCCAUCCAUAAACUCACGCCUAUUUCCCACCGGGGUAAGCAGCAAGAAGCAAGAGAAGUGAAGAAAGCAAGAGAGAGAUGUGGAGGAAGCAAGAGAAGUGUGUCAGGAUCGAAGCAAAUAGAAUUCUAUAGUCUCUGCUUACCCCGGUGGGAAAUUCAAAUUCAAAAUAUCUUUAUUCAGUAGGUAACAUAGUUUGAAUCGUCAAUUUUUACAUAAGGAACGUCUCAUCCGCCUAAAACUACUGCAGCUUCUCACAACCUGUAUAGCCGGGGAAAAGAAGCUGCAAGAAAAACCUCGGCACAGGGCCCUAGACGUUCCUCAGUUGAGGUGACCUCAAGGAAGACCUGAAAGCAUCUCAAACCCGACAGAGUUAAGUCAUUGUCAAUUAGUAUAGCCGAGGAAAAGUGUCUGAAAAACCUAGGCACAGGGCCCUAGAUGUUUUGGUGGUAAUACAAUUUGAAUCGUGAAUUAAUCUUGUCAGAAUCAGACAUAAGGAUAUUUUGCGCUAGGUUUGCUUCACUAGGCACCGUUCAACCCGUUGAGCGUUGUCUCUGCGUGUUUGUGUACAUUUAGUUUCGUGUUUUUAUAAAAAAAAAAACAUACAAUUAUGACCGGUCGCGGUAAGGGAGGCAAAGGUCUGGCAAAGGGAGGAGCUAAGCGUCUCAGGAAAGUACUUCGUCAUAACAUCCAAGGUAUCACCAAACUGGCCAUCCGUCGUCUCGCCCGCAAAGGAGGCCUCUAGCGUAUAUCCUAAGAUCUAAUUUUGCUAUAAUUAUCACCUUUAAAAUCCAUCAGACGGGGAUUAUCGUGAUUUGAUUCAUUCAUAAAUAAAAUUAGUCAAAAACUAUUUGAAAUAGUACAAAUUAUAGGAUAUUUAAUUAAUUGAAAUGUAUAAAUGCUUUCGUGUAAACGAUACCAAAAUCCGUCCUAAAGUGGCUCAAAGAAUCCAAAAUUCAACUUUUUUUAAACUUUACGUUCCAAAAAAUUUAUUUUAUGGGUAUAAGGGAACUUUUUAAAUAUUUUUUGGUUAUGGUUAUUACAAAUUUUACCUAAUGUAUUGAGGCAAAUGUAGUUACAUAAGAUUUGUAACUGCGAGUUUAACUUGCAUAGUUAUGUUAAGCAUAAUAAUUUUGAAUACUUUUACGAAAUGAUAUAUUUUUCUGAUGUUCAAAUAUUGCAUUUGUAGGCACUUAAAGAAACAACUAUUAUUAGUCAUAAACACCUAGAAAUUUAGCUCUGGGGAACUAAUAGACAGUGUGAUUAUCAAGCAUUUCUUAAUUAAUGUUACUUGCCUCAGAAUAAUAUAAAUUAUCGCUAUUUCUCAGUAAACUGAAUAUUAUCUCAUACUACUAUCUUAUACAUUUCUUGUUAUUAUAAGACUGAUGUUUGUAAUUAAUUAAUAUUAUAAAUUAUACAAUUAUUUACUCUGGUGAUAUGGCUUUAUAUUAAU